AUGGUAUUUCUGUCACCUCAAUCAUCUAUUUCGCUACAGCACUUCCGUUCUACCCUGGACCUGAACGGGGAUGAGGAAAUAACAUUGGACGAGUACAAAAUCGCUCUGGGAAUUCCGUUUGAUUUGCCACCUCUGGCCAAAUUGAUCAAUCCUGAUUAUGCGAAAAAGAUGGAAUUGUUGUCUCUAUUUGCACAAGCCGAUAAAAAUCGUGACGGAGAGAUCUCUAAAGAUGAAUUUCGGAAAAUAAUUCAGGAGUCCAAUAUCCCGGAAGACGCAUUGCAGCUUCCUAUCACAUGGACUCGUCUGUUCCACGAAUUAGAUCGAGACCAUUCGGGUGAGCUGUCAGCGGACGAAUUGCUUUUGAUAUUUGAUCAGGCUGGAAUGCCUAUUUUGCGAGAGGCUGUGACCGGAUGGAUUGAGCAAUAUGAUCAAAACAAAGAUGGCAAAUUGAAUUACAACGAGUUCAUGACUUUUGUCGGUCGACAGGCCGAGUGCGCGUUUCCUUGA